CUUGUCUAGUUAUACUUUGCAAUUUUCUGCAGAGACAUACAUUCGUUAAUUCCUGUUAAUCAUUUAAUUAUUUCAAGCAGUCACAAUAUUUGACACUGAGCUGAAAAUUGCGAAAAAGAGUUUCGAAAAAAGAGUUUCUAAUGAUCGUGCUGCUCUUCGUGAAGAAUUGUUAAAUAAAGAAUCUUUGCCAGAGAUCAGGCUGGGAGGUGCUUCUGACAACACAAGCUUUUCAACACAAUUCUAAAAUAAAAUGAGAUCUGCCAUGGGAAAGUGGAUGUGGAUCGCUGCGACGUUACAUCUCAUGACGAGCUGGGCACUGGCGCAGGUGCACUACAGGGAGCCGUGCCCCAACAUGCCCGUCAUCAAAAACUUCGACUUUGACAGAUACCUGGGCAGAUGGUACGAGCAGGAACGUUUUUUCACCGCGUACCAGAACAUCGGGUAUUGCUGGUCCGGCACUUACAUCAAAGACAAGUACUCCAAUAAAGUUUCCGUCAGACUUGACUUCGAAGACAUCUUAUUGAGAAUUCCGGCAAAAAUCUUCGUGGACAUUUUCCGGAAGAACGCGUACGCGGCGCCCAACCGCCUGUCGUACUCCAUAUCUGGCGUGCCGAGGGAGAUCUUCGUCGACCACUACGAGGUCUCAGGCACCGACUACACGUCCUGGACUAUCGAAUACUCCUGCCAGAACAUGCCUUUUGGCAGCCUACGAUACGCGUGGAUAUUGACCAGGUCGCCGCACCCCCCGGCUUCUGUGAUCAAGAAGGCCAAAGCCGUCAUGGUGGCGCUCGGCAUCGACGUCUACCUCCUCGAGCGCCAUAAGAACACCUGCGUGCCCAAGUACUGAGAACUAAGAGCCUUACUGUCAAAAAUAGCGACUUCCAUCUCCUGGAGCGCCAUAAGAACAGCUGCGUGCACAAGUACUAAGAACUAAGAGCCUUGCUCUCAAAAAUAUCGACUUCCACCUCCUCGAGCGCCAUAAGAACACCUGCGUGCCCAAGUACUGAGAACUAAGAGCCUCACCCUCAAAAAUCUCAAAAAUAGAUAAGAGAACCUAACUCAUCAAGCUAAACUUACGUUUUAGCUACUCACCAGGCAUAUGACAUUAAAAUUACGUUGACUGAAGGUUGUUUCAACAAAAAUAACUGGUAAUCAACAUCGCUUCAACGUCAUUUACCUGGAGGGUAAACUUUUCAAGCUAAACACACCUUUUACUGACGAGAAAUCGAUCGCUACGCGUACUUAGUCCGUUCCGUUUACUUAGACCGCUACGUGUACUUUGAUAGUGCGGACCUAAGCUCACAGCAAUCACGUCGACCCUCACAGCAAAUCGCUGUGACGUUGUGUAAAUAAACGGAGCUCCUCAUCUAAGGAAACUUUUAAACUUCAGAUUAACACGGCAUUUUAGAAGAUAACUAAUUAUCAUCAAGGUUCAUGAAACAAACAAAUCAUCAUCAAUGUUCAAUUUCCUCAAAAAAAAAAAACAAUCGCUUGCUCAGCUCAUAAGCUGAACAGCGUUCAACGGAUAGAAUACAUCAAAACAUCGAAUCGAGAAAAAUUGAUAGGAACAAUUCAUGCUCGUUGAAAUUAAUGACCGACGCGUCACGUGAAAACCGAAGAAAAAAGCUAAGUAUAGCUAAGCUGCAAUUAAAUAUUAUUUAUUUAUAAACCUCGUAAUA